AGAGAGAGAAAGAGAGUGAGAGAGAGAGAAGGCCCCGACAAGAGCAGGGAAGGGGAGCUUCUCAGCAGAACUCCCCAUCGCACAUGAUUCCCAAUUCCACACUCCAUUAACAGCCAAUACAAUCUCGCCACCGCCACCACCACCACCACCACUACCAGCUCCAAUUUGCAUCCUCCACUUGUUUUCACCGGUUUUCGUUAAUCUCAGUGUUCUUCUGGUAAAUGUCAAGCUGGUUCAUUUGGAAAAAUGGGACAUCUAAAGAUGCAGAUGGAAACUGGUAUCAAUGCAAUAGAGGAUCAAUUUGGGUAUACUAAUAGAAAUAGUAUAGCAUGCAUGAUCAAUGCUGAAAUUGGCGCUGUUUUGGCGGUCAUGCGAAGAAAUGUUAGAUGGGGGGUUCAUUAUAUGGCAGAUGAUGACCAAUUGGAGCACUCUCUUGUUAAGUCGUUAAAGGAAUUAAGGAGGCAAAUCUUUUCAUGGCAAGGUCAAUGGCAUUCCAUCAACCCAGUCUUGUAUCUCCAGCCUUUCUUGGAUGUAAUUAAAUCAGACGAAACUGGUGCACCAAUCACAGGUGUUGCUCUCUCAUCUGUUUACAAGAUCUUAACCCUUGAUGUGAUAGAUCAAAACACGGUCAACAUUGAGGAUGCCAUGCACUUGGUGGUUGAUGCUAUCACAAGUUGCAGAUUUGAGGUGACUGAUCCUGGAUCAGAAGAAGUGGCAUUGAUGAAGAUAUUACAAGUUCUUCUAGCAUGUGUGAAAUGUAAAGCAUCGGCUACGCUGAGUAACCAACACAUUUGCACCAUAGUAAAUUCUUGUUUCCAUAUAGUUCAUCAAGCAGGAACCAAAAGUGAGCUGUUACAGCGGAUAGCACGGUACACUAUGCAUGAACUUGUAAGGUGUAUAUUUUCUCACCUUCAGGAUAUUGAGAACACAGAGCAUUUGUUGAUAAAUGAGAGAUCUCCUUUAAAACAAGAGACCAGUGGACAAAACAAUGAGAGCACUGUAUUUAGCAGACUGUUGGAGAAUGGGAGCCAGAAUUCUUCAUAUGAUGGUGAACCACUAGGAAUUUCUUCCGGUAUUGCAAGUGCUGUAACGUCAACUGUAAUGGAUGAAAACUCAGCUUUUGCUAGCAAUGGCAACGAGACUGAUCCACAUGAAUUACAGCUUAUGUCUGAACCAUAUGGGGUUCCCUGUAUGGUGGAGAUAUUUCACUUCUUGUGUUCUUUGUUGAAUGUUGUUGAGCAUAUGGGAAUGAAUCCUAGAUCAAACACAAUAGCAUUUGAUGAAGAUGUACCUCUUUUUGCCUUAACUUUGAUCAAUUCAGCCAUAGAGUUGGGAGGACCUUUCUUUCGCCGUCACCCGAGAUUGCUGAGCUUAAUUCAGGAUGAAUUAUUUCGCAACCUUAUGCAAUUUGGUUUGUCAAUGAGCCCUCUUGUACUUUCAAUGGUGUGCAGCAUUGUUCUUAAUUUGUAUCAUCAUCUUCGUAAGGAACUCAAGUUACAGCUGGAAGCAUUUUUUUCUUGUGUAAUUUUGAGGCUUGCACAAAGCAAAUAUGGGGCUUCAUAUCAGCAACAGGAGGUUGCCAUGGAGGCCCUUGUUGAUUUUUGCAGGCAAAAAACAUUCAUGGUAGAGAUGUAUGCUAAUUAUGACUGUGAUAUAACUUGUAGUAAUGUCUUUGAAGACAUUACUAACUUGUUGUCCAAAAGUGCAUUUCCUGUGAACAAUCCAUUGUCUUCCAUGCAUAUUCUUGCUUUGGAUGGUCUUAUUGCUGUCAUGCAGGGAAUGGCUGAAAGGAUAGGCAAUGGAUAUGUAAGUUCCGAGCGUUCUCCUGUGAAUUUGGAACAGUAUAUUCCUUUCUGGCUGGAAAAAUGUGAAAAUUAUGGUGAUCCAAAUGAUUGGGUUCCUUUUGUCUUCCGAAGAAAGUACUUCAAGAAAAGAUUGAUGAUAGGGGCUGAUCACUUCAAUCGCGAUGUUAAGAAAGGCCUUGAAUUUCUCCAAGGAACACAUCUUUUACCUGAUAAACUUGAUCCCCAAAGUGUUGCCUGCUUUCUCAGAUACACUGCUGGGUUGGAUAAGAAUCUAAUUGGUGAUUACCUAGGAAAUCACGAUGAGUUCUGUGUUCAGGUUCUUCAUCAAUUUGCCAGAACAUUUGACUUCCAAGGCAUUACCUUAGACAAAGCCCUGCGUAUAUUUUUGGAGAGUUUUAGGCUUCCUGGAGAAUCACAGAAGAUACAUAGGGUGCUCGAAGCUUUCUCUGAGAGAUAUUUUGAGCAAUCACCAGAUGUUCUUGUUAACAAGGAUGCUGCUCUCGUGUUAUCCUACUCAAUUAUAAUGCUUAAUACGGAUCAUCACAACGUUCAGGUCAAAAAGAAGAUGACGGAAGAGGAUUUCAUCAGGAAUAACAGGCUUAUUAAUGGUGGGAAGGACCUCCCACGUGAAUUCCUGUCAGAGAUUUAUCAUUCCAUUUGUAAGAAUGAAAUCCGCACAACCCCUGAACCGGGUUUUGGAUUUCCUGAAAUGACCCCAAGUCGGUGGAUUUCUCUAAUGCACAAGUCCAGAAAGACUGCUCCAUUUAUUGUAUCUGAUUCCAGAGCAGACCUUGAUUAUGAUAUGUUUGCCAUAUUGUCAGGCCCAGCAAUUGCUGCCAUUUCGGUGGUAUUUGAUAAUGCUGAAAAUGAAGAGAUAUAUCAAACUUGUAUCGAUGGAUUCUUAGCUGUUGCGAAGAUAUCAGCUCACUAUCAUCUUGCAAAUGUAAUUGAUGAUUUGGUUGUGUGCCUUUGCAAGUUCAUUACCAUUUUGGAUCCAUUCUCAGUUGAGGAAUCUGUCCAAGCCCUGGGAGAUGACACAAAAGUAAGAAUGGCACUUGAGACAGUUUUUGCUAUUGCAAAUAGCUAUGGUGAUUACAUCCGUGCAGCAGGGUGGAGAAAUAUUCUUGAUUGCAUCUUAAGAUUGCACAAGUUAGGCCUUCUUCCUACUCGUUUGGUGAGUGAUGCAGCUGAGGAGUCAGAGCUUUCUGCAGAAUCCGGACAUGGAAAACUUAAUUCCAACUUGUCGUCAUCAACUCAACUUCCAUCUAUUAGUACUCCAAAGAGAUCAUCUGGACUGAUGAGUAGGUUUAGUCAACUCUUAUAUCUUGGCACUGAAGAGCCUAGAUCAGUACCAACUGCAGAAGAACUUGUUGCUCAUCAGCAGGCUGUACAAAUAAUUCAGAAGUGUCACAUUGAUACUGUAUUCACUGAGAGUAAAUUUCUGCAAGCUGAAUCUCUAUUGCUGCUUGCAAGAGCACUCAUUAAUGCUGGAGGUCAACCUCGAAAAGGUAACAGCAUCUCUGGGGAUGAAGAUACUUCAGUUUUCUGCCUGGAGUUACUAGUAGCAAUCACAUUGAAUAAUAGAGACAGAAUUGGACUUCUAUGGAAGGAUGUUUAUGAGCACAUAUCCAAUAUUGUUCAGUCAACUGUGACGCCUUGCGUACUGAUAGAAAAGGCCGUUUUUGGGCUUCUAAGGAUUUGCCAUCGCUUACUUCCAUACAAAGAGAGCAUUGCUGAUGAACUUUUGAGGUCCCUGCAACUUGUCUUGAAACUUGAUGCUCGGGUUGCAGAUAUAUAUUAUGAGCAGAUUACUCAAGAAGUCAGUCGGCUUGUAAAGGCAAAUGCUUCUCAUGUCAGAUCUCAGAUAGGAUGGCGGACAAUUACAUCACUUCUUUCCUUCACUGCUCGGCACCAGGAAUCGUCUGAGGCUGGAUUUGAUACACUGCUGUUCAUUAUGUCUGACGGGGCCCACUUGCUUCCUGCAAAUUAUGUUCUUUGUGUCGAUACUGCAAGGCAGUUCGCUGAGUCCCGUUUAGGACAGGUAGAACGGUCUGUGGUUGCGCUAGAUCUUAUGGCUGGUUCUGUCAAUUGUUUAGAGAAGUGGACUAGUGAUGCUAAGCAGGCAGCAAAAGAUGAGGAAGUGGAGAAGAUGUUGAAGGACAUUGUGGAAAUGUGGUUGAGGCUAGUGCAGGGAAUAAAGAAGGUAUGUUUGGACCCAAGAGAGGAGGUUAGAAAUCAUGCUCUGUUGUCUCUGCAGACAUGCCUGACAGGAGCUGUUGGGAUUCAUGUCCCACCUGAUUUGUGGUUACAGUGUUUCGAUCAAGUGAUUUUCACUGCAGUGGAUGAUCUGCUUGAAAUCGCUGAGGAAUACUAUCAAAAGGAAUACCGGAACAUGGAAGGGACACUUAUUCUUGUGUUGAAGCUCUUGUCUAAGGUUUUCCUCCAGUCACUCCCCAAACUAUCACAAUUGACAGAUUUCUCAAAACUAUGGGUCGCUGUGCUAGAUCGGACAGAAAAAUAUAUGAAAGCAAAAAUUAGGGGAAGGAGAACUGAGAAGCUUCAAGAGCUUGUGCCUGAGCUCCUGAAGAACACUUUGCUUGUCAUGAAAUCACAGGGCAUACUUUUACCGAGCAGUGGCGCUGGUGAAAAUAGUUUGUGGGAACUGACAUGGCUACAUAUGAAGAAUAUUGCUCCAUCAUUGCAGUCUGAGGUGUUCCCUGCUCCAGAGCUUCAGCAGGCACUGCAUAAACAGAUUGAAGCCGAUGGCGCAAACACUUCUGUUUCUUCAAAUGAAACAGUGAGCCAAGAUGGUGCUGCUGUUGGUUCCUAGGCUACCUGAGUUGGCUUUUUCAAUGCUUGCCGCUACGAACCCGCAAUAUCAGUCCUUGAUAGGUUUUCCUGUUUCUAUCUUGGGUUGUUUGGGUUCUGAAGCUGACUCUGCAUAAUGUGACAGAUAUUGGAACUAGUUAAUGAGGCCAAAUCUGAGAAUUAAAGUUGCCUGUGAUUUUGGUAUUCCUCUUGAACUAGUGGGUAAUAGAAUAGUGGGAGUUUUGGUUGGAGAUACAUGUUAUAUAAAUAUAGUGCUUACCUUCCCUUCCCUUCCCUUAUUGAGUGCUUGUAAAGAUGAGAACUCUUCUUUGUUUCAACAAGUACACAGGAAAUUAUCCUCAAGUAUUACUGUCUUGCUAAUUUGACAGAUCUUGAGAUUUAUGUUUCCUCUUGGCUCUAGCUAGUAGCUGCUACAUGUAUGUUACUCGGUAUGAUAAUGUUGCAAACAACACAAGUUUUGAAUUGAUCUAAAGGAAUAUUAAAUCAUUCAAUCAA